AUGGAUCCUGCUUCGGCGUCUGUUGCGUUUAUCGGCUUCGCUGCCAGCCUCACAACAUUUGCUGGCCUGGUGGUCGAUUCCGUCCAGACCCUAUCCGAGCUUCGUCGCCGACUGAUUCAUGCCCCUGAAGAGCUCAAGCGGCUCUUGUCCGUGCUUCGGCAGCACGAGUCGAUUCUGCUUGAACUUCGAGAUCGCAUCAGCUUGUUUACGCCGGAGGAGCUCCCCGCUGAGCUACGACAAUUUUGGGAGGAAAACAAUACACAGAUGGCCGCAGACUAUGCACGGUUGAAAGAGCAUGUGGAAAAGAUACGGACCACGUUCCAAGAGACGACGAUUACGAAGAAAUCUGUACGAGCUCGAAUCCAACAGAUCUUACAUUUGCCGGAGAUCCAGGAGCUGCAAACACGUCUACAAGGAAACAUAAGCAGGUUCGAUGUGGUGCUCUCUAUGGUAGCUGAGCGGCGACUCCGAAACCAAAGCCAGGCGCUUGACAGCAUCUCACAUAAUGUGAUAUCUAACUAUGCGACGCACCACCAGGACCUCCAAGGCAUUCGUUUAUCCACGUCUAGGACCGAAAGCUAUCUCUUGCAGCAAGCCGUACAGCUCAGUGGAAUACAAAGUCGGCUACACCUUAUCUCUACUCGGUUGAAGCAAAUCCCGGCUCGUAACAACCACCCAUUUCAAGGAUUUAACCUAAACCAAGGUAGCAAUCAGGCUCGAAGACUUUGGCUUCGACUUCCCCGAUCGGCCAGAAUCCUAUUAGCCGCAACAGAAAUGAGUCUCGUCCGUCAGUACUGGUUUGGAUCUUUGAUGGUCGACGUGACUUGCGACUCAAGCCCGCAAGAGCCCUUGACGUGGACGAGGGACGAAUCGGAAGACCACACAUACGUUGCGUUCACCUAUAUUCCUCCGAGGUGGUUAUCAGAUAUGUGUAUCACCGUCUCAAUGACGCUUGCGGCACCUCUACAGUUUCAGAGGUCUCACCUUAAUUUGGACCUUAGAAUUGUCGAUUGCCUGUCAUCCUGCGAUGUGCAGGGUCUACAGAAAUUGUUCGCGCAGGGGCUGGCCCAUCCCUUCGACCUUAUACCACCUCGCCAAGUGGACGACAGAGGCUUCUCAUAUUUCCAGCAGCCAAGAUCGGUACUAGAGAUAUUUCUCCAUCGGAGCAACUACAAAAUCACUGGAACAUAUCAUAGAGACUGCUCAUGGUCUAGCAUGUGUCUCUUGAUGCUUGAUCAGAUGGCUUCUAACAGCCAGGACAGUGACGAGGCUGAACAAAUGCUUGCAGUCCUUAUGGAAAACCAGGCGUACGAGAAGAAAGAUGCCAUCGACUCAGUCAUAGACCGGGGAGUCGACCUUUCAGAUGUCUUGAAUGCGACGCCAUACCAACGACACUCGAUUCUUCUGAUCCUCUACGCUACCGGCCCAAGAGCCUUUGCCCACGAAUUUGUACGCCGGCACGUUGGUCUGCUAGAAUACUAUGACAUGACCCCGGCAAACUCCUGGCUUCUUCGAACCAUUGCCCGGUCGGAACCAGGGUUUCGAUCUAAGUUGGUUUGCGAACAACAAGAACUAUGCGGUCAACCUAAUGGCAACAGCCGCAAGAAAAGUGGACCAGACAUCUGUCUACAAACGCAGUUGAAAGAUAUGCGCGAGGCUGAUGCCGAAGAGAGAGACCUCUAUUUAUCAACUCUGUGUGCGGGAGGACCUGCCGCAGUACUUGACGCCCUCCUAUGGUAUCCAGGCGAGCUCCCUGAACUUAACCCCAAGCACGAGGGUGGCAGAUUCCUUCAGCGGUAUCUUGAGAUAUCUGCCGCCUUCGGGAACAGUCCUGUCUUCAGACGUUUGAUCCAGGCCGGUGCUGACACUACCGUUCAAGACCACCUAUGGAAUGUAAUAACACGGAAUUACAGGGUGACUUGCUAUUUCAACACGUCCGGUGACCAAAUCAAAUAA